GGUGUAGGUAAAAGAUCGAAGGAGUACUAGUAGAAUAAUAAUUAUUUCACCUUUCUGGUAGAGAGGUCCUAAUCUUUUUAAUUUCUCCCUCCCUUCUCCUCGGCCUUCCCUCUCCUCGGUCACAGAGAGAGGUUGCCGAGAUAAGAUCUGCACUGCCUUCUUUUGCUUGUCACUUUCACAAAAGAGAGGCCGGCCGGCUGCAUGCUCCCAGGCCACCAGCGCACGCAGGAGCUACUAUUAAGCAGCUUGGCUUGGUGUGGUUCUACUUCUAUCUGCCUGCGCUGCGCCUCUCCUCCUGCGGACGGAGUCCUUGUGCUUGUGGACGGUUCCCAAGUCCCAACUUCCUUCCGCCCAUAUGGCCACUAAAUCUUUUUCAUCGACAUGGCCAGCCGAGUGAGAGCUUUGGCGCGGGGAGGAUCGCAUGCAGCUGAAACGGGAGUGCGCAAGUGAGUUAGCUCAAGCUGGAGGAGGACAAGAACCAGUUGUCCAAGGGCUUGGACCCUUGGAGCAACCCUACCGCCGCCACCAGCACCCUGCACUACCUGCUCCAGGAGAAGGAGAGAGCGCAGGCGCAGGAGCAGCUCCAGAUCUAUCACCAGCAAGGAUUCAGCUACCUCCAGCACCACGGGAGGCAGCAGCAGCAGCAGCAGCAGCAGCAGCCGCCGAGGGCUGCAGGAGCCGGCGCCGAUGGCGUCAGCAGCGGCGAGUCGACGCCCGUGGACGCGCUGGCCACCGCAUUCGUGAGCGGCCGCAUCGUGCGCUCCGCCGCCGGGCGCAAGGACCGCCACAGCAAGGUGUGCACCGCGCGCGGGCUGCGCGACCGCCGUGUCCGCCUCGCGGCGCACACGGCCAUCCGGUUCUACGACGUGCAGGAUCGGCUAGGCUACGACCGCCCCAGCAAGGCCGUCGACUGGCUCAUCCGCAACGCUAAGGCCGCCAUCGACGAGAUCCCGGCCGACCGGGUGGAGGUGCAGCAGCCUCCCACGGAGGCGGCAGAUGCCACCGAGCCGGCCGAGCAGGUGACGUCGACGUCGCCCUACCGGUUCGGCAACCCCGGUGGCGCCAUCGGUGCUAUGGCCGGCUCGUUCAUGCCACAUUCUGUCGGCGGCGCCGAUGGCGGCGUCUCCGGCUCCGCGAACGUCAAGUCUUUGUUCCCCUCGUCGUCGGCAGCCAGCACCACCCCCACCCAGGACGAGUACAGGGGCUCCCCGCCGGACCUCCUGUCGCGCACGACCACCAACCACCAGCCGCAGGAGCUUUGCCUCACUCUCCAGUCCGCUAAUAGCCACCAAGCCCACCAGCAGCAGCAGCAGUUCUUCGGCCAUGUGUCCCCGAACCAGCACGGUAUGAUCUCUGGUGCAGCAGGCGUCCAAGGCUGGGCGGCGGAACACGGCCAGAGAAUGCCGUCGUGGCAGCAUGCUUCGGAGAACGGCGCGGGAGCCGGCAAUGGCGGCGACAGCUACAUGUUCGGCGUGCCCCCACGGCAAGGGGGGCUAGACCACCAGGGCGGGCAGCUCUUCUCCCAAGGGGAACCCCUUCAGUCCAGUGGCGGCUGGCCGUCUGCGGCCCGCACUUGGCUCGACCCUCUGGCCGCGAUCCACCAGCAGCCGUCGGCGAUGGCUGGGCAGGUCGGCUUCAGCCAUCUGGUUGGCGCCGGCGGCGGGUUCAUGGGGUUCCUCGCGCCGCCGGCCGCGGCCCAGCGGCUCCAGGGCCAGGAGGAGCAAGGAAGCGAAGCGAUGAGAGAGUGAUGAACGUACGUGCUUAACUACGACUACGAGGUAAGGUGUGCGAGCUUAACACACACACACUGCUAGCUCUUCACUGAUGUGCUGCUGCUCAGGUGUAUGUCAUUUCAUGUAGGAGUUUGUUUAUUAGGUGAUGGGAUUUUCGCAUUAUUAGUUAUUAGCUGCUGCUGCUGCGGCUAUAUUCGAGCGACCGUGUGCCUGUGUAACUAAGGUUUAAUCAAGCCGUUCCCUAGCUUGAAACUAGACAGCCGUUACUGUUUCAUUAGUUCUUGCUACUGCUACUACCGUUUUACACUAUUCCAUAUAUUAUUAUUUUUUCUUCAAAUU